UACAAUGCUUAAACUCAUCUGCUGUGUGAUCCCACUAAAAAAUCGCCCCACCAGACAGCGGCUUAGAACGUGCAAGUGAGCUUUUACUCCCUGACUUUCGGUGUGUUUCCCUCUCCGCGUGCGCAAUGUAUUCAUGAAGACACCGUAAAGUGUUAAAUGUUUGAAAUCCAAAACCGCCGAAUUUCACAUGCUGAAAAAGGACUCCGCUACUCGUACGCGCGGCACUGGUGUGUCAGUGCAAUAGACUCUGCAAAGAAACUCUACUCACACGCCUGCAAGUCCGCGGCUGCAAAAAGGACGCCGAAAACCUAAUUUUUUUUUCAGUUUCAAGACAAACGCGUAAAAAUCAAACUGGCUCACGUUCUUCCCAACCAACCCAGUUUGACAGCUGCUCUUCACCCCGUUUGGAGGACUGUCAGCAGCAAGAGGAUGGCAUCAGAGCUGGCAAUGAGCAACUCCGACCUGCCCACCAGUCCCCUGGCCAUGGAAUAUGUUAAUGACUUCGAUCUGAUGAAGUUUGAAGUGAAAAAGGAGCCGGUGGAGCCCGAUCGCAACAUCAGCCAGUGCAGUCGCCUUAUCGCCGGGGGAUCCUUGUCUUCCACCCCGAUGAGCACGCCUUGCAGCUCGGUGCCCCCUUCCCCAAGCUUCUCGGCGCCCAGUCCGGGCUCGGGGAGUGAGCAGAAGACACACAUUGAGGAUUUCUACUGGAUGUCCGGUUAUCAACAGCAGCUGAAUCCAGAGGCGCUGGGCUUCAGCCCCGAAGACGCGGUCGAGGCGCUGAUCAACAGCAGUCACCAGCUCCAGUCUUUCGAUGGCUAUGCCAGGGGCCAGCAGUUUGCUGGUGCAGCCGGAGCGGGAAGCACCAUGGCCGGGGAAGAGAUGGGGUCCGCCGCGGCGGUGGUGUCGGCAGUAAUUGCUGCGGCAGCCGCUCAGAACGGAGCGCAACACCACCACCACCACCAUCACCACCACAGCAGCAGCCACCACCAGGCACCGGGCGUCCAGUCCAACGGCACUUCUGGAACAAAUCACCCACACAUGCGCUUGGAGGAGCGGUUCACAGACGAGCAGCUGGUGACCAUGUCAGUGCGGGAGCUCAACCGGCAGCUACGGGGGGUCAGCAAAGAAGAGGUGAUCAGAUUGAAACAGAAGAGGAGGACCCUAAAGAACAGAGGCUACGCUCAGUCCUGCCGGUUCAAGCGAGUUCAGCAGCGGCACGUCCUGGAGGGAGAGAAGACACAACUCCUGCAGCAGGUCGAGCACCUAAAGCAAGAGAUCUCCAGGCUGGUCCGGGAGAGGGACGCGUACAAAGAAAAGUAUGAGAAGCUCAUCAGCAACGGCUUCAGAGAAAAUGGAUCCAGCAGUGACAACAACCCUUCAUCUCCGGAGUUUUUCAUGUCAUCAAGAAAAUUUCUCCAUCUGUGAUUUCAAGCACCAUCCCUCCGUGCCCUUGAGGAUUCUUGAGAUAACCUAAUGACUGAGCAGUGAUGACAUCAAAGCGACUGACCAAUUGCACCGAGACACCUACAAAGCACAACAUUCAAAAUUAUUUCCCGAAGAACAACAAACAAGGCCCGCUGGAAUUCUUCAAAAUCUCUACAGCGAUUCUUGAAAAGCCUCUUACUACUCCUGUUUCCUUUCCCAAUAUUUUACCUCCAGCUUUUUUCUACAAAACCACAAAAAUAAAAAACAAAUAAAAUAAAAUAAAACAAAAAUAAAAAUCACAGAGACUCAUAAUCAGGAGAUGGUUGAUUCUCUUUGAUGGGAAGAUCACUGAUGCAUGCUUCUGUAAAUAGAUCACAAUAAAACCCUAUUCUUAUUCCUAAUAUAGGAAACGUACCGAGUUGCUCUCACCAAAUUCAUAAACCUUCAUUACUGUGAAUAGAAUACCCAUGGUUCAAUAUUUUCCAUAUAAAAUCAGUAUUCUUACCUAUUCAGAGCCCAUGUAGCUAUCAUUUCAGAUAUUGCUUCUCUAGUCUUUGAAGUUAAUUUGAUUGUAAAAACUGUACUUACAAUUGUUCUUAUUCUCAGCCUAGUCUUCCUCUCCAGUAUCCACACUAGUACGUGUAAAUAGAGACAAAUGAAGACAACCGCAUGGAUCAGACUUUAGUGUAUAUUUACCACGCUCUUAGAUCACAAAUCUCAGUAUGUGGAUAUUUCAGACAACAUUUUUGAAAGUUUAAAAUAGCUGAAGAUAUUUUCUGAUGGCCAGUGAUUUAGUCUCAGAUACCUGGAUACUGUCUGAACAGAUAAAAUUUAUUCGGCCACAUUACAAUGAUUAUACAACAGAAACUCCUUUGCUAUCAUCAGUGAAUUCCAUUGGGAAACAGGCAAAUUGAACAGAAGAAGCAGGCAAUUUGCCAAAGCCAUGAUUCGAACAUAGCACCUCUAAGUAUUAGGUUUAAUAUUUGAUGUACUGUUUUUUUUUUUCUUUUUGUUUUUUUUUUUUUAAUAUAUCAUUUACAGAUUUCUCCCAUUGUCUUCUUAUUUAUUAUUUUCUACUACAACAACUGCCCUGCCCUCUCAUGCCCACUUCGUAACUGUUGUAGCAAAGCUGCUGUUAGCCUGAGAGGGACACAUUUUUUUCUUUGCAUGGUUUGAAACUGUGCUCCAGUCCUGAGCCUACACAGGGGCAAAAGAAGACCUCAGUAACUGCAAUGUAGAAAUGAGGAUUCUGGCCUCUGCCUUCAGUGGACUAUGAAGCUAACCAAAAGGACUGACUGACAUCGUACCAAGCCAAUGAAGAGAUGACCUCAAGGAUUAGGCCCUCACUGGUGAAGACAGAAAUCCUUUUGCAUGGACAACAGGGAUAAUUUCUAGCUUGUUGAAGACCUCAUCUCCACCGUUGUGCAUCCUCUACCUCUCAGUGUUCUGCUGUGCAUCAAGAAAUCCAUGUCUUCACACUGACCCCCCUCUACUACCCCACGUUUCUGCUGCAUGUCCCUCUAGAGCCUCACGAGGAGAGUUCAGCAUUACAUGCUUUGGAUGGAUCUAUAUGGCAAUGGGAGAAACCAAACCAAUGCCCAACAAGUACACACAUAUGACGCAUGCAUAGAGAUGCUCAAUCAUACACAAUGCCUCUCAAAUAUGUUGCUGUAUAUAUGUACACUAUGUCAAGUAUGUAUAGUCUCAGAUGCUGUACUUUGCAUGUUGAUUUGUAGAUGGAAUGUGACCUUUAUUCAAACAAGAGGAUGAGCAGGUAGUGAGUGGAUUGACUCUCUAAACCAAUGCAAGCCCUUUGACAGCUUUACAUCUCCAUAUUUGAUGGCAGGAGAUUUACAGUAAGGUGACAGAAACAGUUUGAUGUCUACUGUGACAUGUUGUCUUCCAGCAAACAGCAGUUCUGAUAAAGUUUAAACUCUCUGAAGGAACACAUACUGUCCCUGCUGAUGUCACACAGAAUCUGGCCACAGCGAAUGUGGGUAGAAGAAGAGAAGGAAAACUGGGGCGCUCCAAUUAAGUGGCAGCGCACAAAGUGGCAUAGGGCAUCCUGCCAGCAACUGUCUAUUCAUCCAGUGUCAAAGGGAUUUGCACGUCUCAAUGAGUGUAUGCACUGACAGAGAAGUCCAAGAGCAAAGCAGAGGAGGGGAAGGAAAGGAAACAAGGCUGGGCUGAAAGGAGAUUUUUUUUUCUUUUUUUGUGUAAUUUCACAGCUUCAUUUCUGAUCAAAAUUUAAGGUUGUACUAAGCUUAUGUUGACAUACUUUACUGGUCGGUCCACUUAUUUGUCAAUUUUUAAAAAAAUUUCAAUAACCCCUUGACCCCAUCUAUUACUAUCAUACAGCUCUCUGGGCUGUCAUGACCUAAUGUCCUGUCUAAGGUUAACUUUGUGUUAAUGAGUAUGGCCCUCUGCUCCACCAGAUGUUCACCCUUGUGGCCAAAUACCCAAUACCCUCUGUGCUUCUGUAAUGCCUGCCCACUACAUCUGUACUCUUUCUGGAUGCAGCUGCAGAAAUUUCUCAACCAUCAAAAAUGCAGUUGAAGUAGGAAACGACAUCAACUCUGCAAAACAGGUGCUUUCUUUUGGAGUAAAAUUAAUAAAAGACAUAAAUCAAAAUGCUGCACCAUAAAAAUAGAAUUUUAGCAGAAUACAUGUACUAAUUGUACAGAAUACCAAUUUGUGUGUCUUACACAAAGUAGGUCUUACAAUUUAUGUGAGCAAAUCUUCUUAAAUCAAAUAUUGUCAUAGCACACCAAAGCUAUUUACAGUCAACAUGUAAACUGACUUGAAAUUUGGACUUCUGACUUAGUGGUGAUUAGUUAAGGAAGAUUUAAAACACAGAAAAGGAUGAAGAUGUCAUUCAAAUAUGAGACUGUGUGUGGUCUGAGUGUCAAGGCUUUCCACUUUGUUAGAAGUGAAACAAAGAUGAAGCCGUAUGUGACAGGUAGAUGUGCUUUCCAUGUUUUUGAUUGCAGUGUUUAAACACUACCCAGCAAUAAAACUGGACAGGGCCAGAACAAUAUAGACAGCUAUACACCUUAACACACAAAACGUGUGUAAAUGCAUACAAGCACAGAAGCACAUCCUUGAUCUUUUUGUGACAGACGCACACACACGCGCACAGCAAGCUAAUCUAAACAGCAAGGCUGUAUGUAAACAGAUCGUCGACAUAAUGGGAUUGUUCAGUGUGCAAACAAUAAGCUGUUAGUGUAAUCACAGGUCAAAGAUAUAUUACCCAGAGGGCCACGCUGUAUGUAUAUUAACAUGAUGGAUACGCUGGAGAGGAGGGGGCAGGGAUAUCAGGGAUAUAGCUCUACUGAUUCGGAUUUACCCCCUACUGGGUCUUGCCCGCUGCCUUUCUCUCCUCUGGCUCCUUCAUAUGGGCCCCACUUAAUCAGUUUUCUUCUCAUCUUGCUCCUCCCCCCAUUCACCCACCUCUUUCUUAUACACCAAAUUCUUCUAUUUCUUCACAACGUUCCCUCUUAAAUACUUCAGUCAUGUCUUUAACACAGUAUCUUCAUUUACUUAUUUCCUCUCCCUGUCGCCCCUGGGCAGAUUAUGAUCAGCUUCGGUAAAGUGGUCAGUCCAUCUCUGUGGUCAGUGGGGUAUCAGGAUAAAGUAGCUCCACAAUCUUAUUUUUGGAUUAGGCCAAGAGAGGUCUGGCUUAUACUGGACUACUGAGGUGCUUCACCCAUGUCUAAUAAAAACAGUGAAAGAGCAAGGCUAGAAGACAAAAGACAGCACCAUGUUGGGGAAGAACAAUGCAUGUGAUAAAGAGAGAUUGCUACAUGUUCCCCUUAACUAUGUACUGUGCUUGUGUGUCACAGUGAGUAGCAGCAUACUAGAGCCAUUUCGGGCAGGAUAAAUGCCGCAGAGCUUACUUUAUAAGAUCUCACCUUAUUAACUUAUCUCUACUUUAUUUGAUUAUGAUCUAGCCCAUUCUCUAAACUGGUUAAUAAGUCCAUGUCCUCCUGACUAAACACUUGAUUAGUGUCAUCACCGGCUAGCUUGUGUGUGUGUGCUGCAUAUGCCUGUGGAUCAUUGAAGCAGAUGCACACUGGGGCCAAGUGACAGAGUAAACACAUAGACAGAACACUACAGAGGAAAAACAACCUGAAUAAAAUGGGCCUGUUUGAUUAUUUCAAGUCUGUCUGCCUUCUGGAUGUGUGGCUGAAGAUAUGGUGUAAAGCUUUUGUGUGGACAACCAAUGCUCAAUACAGAAUAGUGAAAAGGCAAUGUUACAUCAACUACUUCAUUACAGCUGCUGGCAGGUCAAAUCCCGUUAUAAAACUAUCCCAUGAGUGUAAGACAGUUGCUUGUCACAGGCAGCUAGUUAAUCCUAUGCCAGCUGCUAAGCAAAGUUCUGUUACCUUGCCUUGUGAGUGAUUGGUUGUUGCUAUGACAAUCGUGCCAGCAAAGAUACUUCCCAAGCCUCAGGCAUCUUAACCAUCAAGUAUUGACACUACGCAUACAUGUGAAUCCUGCCAAGGACACAAUGCUGUAGCAAGUGAUAGCUGCCCCCCACCCCUGGCACACAAGAGAGAGAGAUCACUGUUCUGAACAGGAAAUAGCAAAAAUGUAUCAUGGAAAAAAUGCAUGACUAAAAGGCGAUUUAUUGGAAAAUAUGAGUAUAAAUUUGACAAGCUAAGAUUUUAUAGUAAGACCCCAAAAUUCUUUUUAGUCAAAAAAGCUACAAAAGACUCACUUAACACUGUAUAACAGAGUGGCAUGGUAUUUGGAGCUCUUUAAGUAACCACCAACUUUGAUCAUGAAGGAUGGCGGUACAAUUUCCAGUGUGGAUUUUAAAUUCUUAUUUUGUGUUUGUGUAGCAUUAAGCUACACAACUAUAAACUUAUCCAGAUGACCUCUAUCCUCUAUUUCUAUGUUAAGUAAUACUGCAAAUAUUAUUAGAAGAAAGAUUUGAAAUGGGAUAUAUAUAUAUAUAUAUAUAUAUAUAUACACACAUACAUACAGUAACUUUGGUGACAGACACAUGCUUGACAGCAGCUCUUCUCACCAUGCAACUCUGUACUGCAGAAAUAUGCAGCAGCAUACAUAUCCAUGCCCUGCUCUUCUUUCUGUCACACACAGCCCCUUUUCAUACACACAAAAACACACACUUUGGCUGUCUGUGUCUAUGUCUGAUGGAGUGUCAUGAUUAGCAGUGACCUCAAGCUAGACAGGGAUGGGGUAGUGGGAGUGGGGUCAAAGGUGGAAGGAUUACAGUGAAGCAACCCGUGUCAAGUCCUCUACUUCAAUCCUGACCUCCAGGCUGACCUGAGCCUCUUGAAAAAUUAUUCACAUAUAUGAGGUCAACAUACUGUGGGUACAUCAACACAUUACUCACAGAAUAUCUAACUCAUGUGUGUAUUUGAACUGAGAGAGGACUCUUAAAAUGCUUGAAAUGUAACACAUGAAGUGGUGUGGACUUUGACGUAGGGAUACAGUGGAUGAAGUUUGGUCUCACAACCAGACAGCAAGAAAGACAGGACAGCCCUCCUUAUGCCACAUAGCUAAUGGCAGGGAUGAAUAAUAGAGCCUUUAAAGCCCUUACUGCCACCUCAUUCUGGCCUGCACAUAAGCUUGAGCUCUAGGUGGGCAGUUAGCCAUCAAGCCCCUUGCUGAGAUGAGAUGGGCUCCCAAGAAGAUUGGGGAUGGGGGUGAAGAAAAUCGGAUUAACCAAAAUGCCUCAAUUGGAAGAAAUGCUCUGGGCUGACAUCAUUGUAAUACCAUUGAUAAAUGCUGUAAACCAAAUCUUUAGCAUCUGAUUAGAUAAUGGAGGAAAUCACAACCUUUUUCUGUGGGAUACAAUGGUUCAAAACACACAGAAUGUGAGUUUUUAAAAACAAAAACAAAAAAACGAGAGACAAUAGGGACUUCUACAAAUAGCCAAGUUUGCUACUAUAGAAACAAAUAAAUGGGGAAAUAAUAAAUUGCCAGGAGCUGUGGACAGGUGGCAUUUCAGUCUGCACCGUUUAGCUGUGCAGUCUGGUUUCUGACAGCUUGAUUUAGUCUCCCACACCUGAGCCAGAAAACAGAGAGAAAAUUAACGGCAGGGAAAACAGCUUAACUAGAUUCCAAUUUGCCUGCUUUGAAACACAAUUGAUGAAGCUAAUGCACAUGGAAAACACAGAAUGCAGUUUUUGGUAGAGUACCAAGCUUACUUUGAUUGUGCGAAGUCUGUGCACACUAAUUCGGGGUCAGACAGGAAGGUAAUAGUACUAAUUUAAUUUACCCCUGUUUUGUUCUAUUCUGCUUCGGGGGUGGGGGGUAAGGGUUUACCUUUAGGGUGUAAAACUGAGAUUAUAGUGGCUCAAGAGGAGAUAACAUGCUGUUCUCCUUGCUGUGAUUCGGGUGUAAUCCUUCAGUUUUAGAGAAGUGAAAAGUUUGUAAAGUCCAGAAAGUUAUGAAUACAUCCCUUCUGGGCCCCCUACAGAGCAGAGAGUCUGAGACAGCAGGGGAUAGCCAUAUGCUAUCAAAGUGUUCUUCAAAGCUCCCAUCUUUAGUCGACUAAAUUAUACAGUAUCAUCACAUAUACCUGACAAAAAUAGAAGAAACAUAAUUAUGCAGCCUAAUGUACUAAUGGGGGAAAAAAACAUUACUAGAAAAAAUAUGUUUUAGGAAGUCUGGCCACUUUGAAAGGUAAAUAAUUUUCUUUUUCACUCGAACGCGUUUGUUUAAACUGCGUUUGUGCUCCAGUAGUGUGGGUCAGCUCGUCAUUUUGUUUUUACAUGCUUUUAAAAUACUGCUGCUGGUGAACAAUUAAAAAUUUAUGAUUCCUAUCACAAUGAGCUCCUUCACUGUUACCAGAGGUUAAUUUGUGCUCGCCCCUCAUUUCAAUUGUACCGUAGUAAAUGUCCACAUUAUUUCCCACAUGGGCCUGGAUGAGGGGUUUGAUUAUCCAAAGGUAGACCUUCGUUGGCUCUGUUAUUAUCAGAGGGGCCGUAAGCUGCAGUAACAGCUUCUAGGGUCUUAUUGCUAUGGCGAUCAGCCCCUUGCCACUUGGCCUCCAUGACCCUAGUCAGAGAUAAGCUUUAUGGGAAAGCACAUUAACAUGCUCUGGCAGUCACCUCCCUCCUUUAUCAAAGGCAGUUCUGUGAAAUCAAGUGUUUAUGGACCCCCAGUGAGGGUAUAGUGCUGCUGAUUGCCCAUAUUAGAGGUUGACUGUAAAUGAGCUCGAGGUGGACAAAGGACUUGUAGCAGUUGGGAGAAUUGAGGAUACGUAAUAGUGAUGUUAUCCUCACUAAAUGAGCAAUAUCUUUAAUGACUGCAACACCCCAUGAGCAGGUUACUAGCCCCUGGAUUACAAAUGCUGUCUGCAGCCUAAAUAUAUCCAUGUCUUCCAUUCUUUCUACAAAAACUGACAAAACUAUAACAAUAAAAAUGCAAAAUCUGCUUUUAGAUAUGGUGUAACAUAUUUUGUAGUCAUUUAUUCUAUUCGCACUAUACUGUAAGUGGCAGCUUCUUCUUCGACUGUCUUCUCGUUUGUGUUGCACUACAUCCAUUAAAUAAAACAUUUUAAAGGCCUUUUUUCUACAUUUCCAAGCACACUGAUGUGGGCAUUUUUCUGUGGCUAUGAAAGGCACAAUUCGAAAAAGAAUGUGUCAGUGUCGAGUGCCUGCUUAGAGCCUGAUCGCUGAUAUAAGAUCAUCUCAGUAUGUCCGCAGUGAUGGAUGGUGAUAGCCCAGUGUCUUUGUACAAAUCAGGAGGCCCUCCUGUUGUCACUGACUGGACAGAUACAGGAAGCAUGAAAGAGAGAGACGCAGCCACAGCUUAAUGUCCUUCUCUGGUGCUGUGCAUGCUCUUUCCUAUUUGCUUUUCCCUUCACGGCACGGUUAACAUCGUAAAUUAACCUUUCCAAGCCCCCUGUGCUCAGAGACUAGUGCGCAAUACAGACAAAGGGAAAACUAGAUCUCUGUUAUGCAAUGCGGUAGCACUGGUCAGAGACAAAGCCUGUUACAGAACUGAGCUAUUCCUUUUGCAGUGAAGGGGAAUAAAACAACACACCUUGUUUAGUCGAGCAAACAUUCUCUUUUAUGUGCAUGUCCCAUGUACUCAAAUCGGUAUGAGGCUGCUUUUUGUUCUCCAUCCUAGAAAUGUAAAUGAAACACAUGAAAGAAAAUGUAUUGUAGUCUUUUCUUCCUAGUUCAAGUCUGUAAAUAGGAUGUAAAUACCAAACAGCUAUGCAUGCUAAUAUACAAGCAAUUUGUUCAGGUACUUUUGUAAUCCCGACUUCUCAUAUGGCAUGUAGUGACGACAAGAAGCAAACACUGAAAAUCAUAAGAAAUUGUAAACACGGAUAUGGUUUGUAAACAACUUCAAAACUGAAAAGUAUAUGUCUUUGCUGUUAAUGUUUUCUUACUGAUAACUAAUGCAUUGGCCUGCCAUUUACUACACUGCUCUGCUCAUGUUACUUUUUAUCUUUUUUAUGUUUCGUAAGGUAGGGCUGAGGCAAAAAAAAAAAAAAAAUCACUGGUUUGUGGUCUAGUUGGGAUGGGGACUAAGAAGCUGAGGGGAAAGCAGUCAGAUCAUGUUUGUAGGUCUUUUGCUUUUUUGUUGAUUUGUUUUUCUUUUCUUUUUUUUCUUUUCUUUUUUCCAUUGCCACUGCAUGUUUACAUGCAUACGCUUAAUAAUUAAUUACAUAUCCUGAAUGUCUUCCACAAUAAAUCAAGUGUUGUGGCAAAACUACUUAAAAGUAGUGAAACUGCGGUGCAAUUUUAGUUAUUUCACCAAAAAAGUCUUAUCACCAGCUUUAGAGUGUGCUCUUUAAAAAAGGCAUUAAUCUGUUUUCUAUAAAAGAAAUAACAAUUCUGUAAAUGUCUGUAAAUUCCGAUUAACAACAAACUACAAAGCUGGUACAACAGGCAAUUUUGACUCCAAAUUGUCCAACUCAUGACAUGCAAGGGAAAGAGUUUUUGAUAUUUUUUUUUUCUAAUAUUAAAAGAAUAAUAAUGUCCAAUGAAAAAUGAUGAUCUAUAUUUCAAAUUUGCCUCUGCCCUAGCAACUCUAAUGUGACAUUUUAUGAAAACAGAAAUAGGGAGGAGUGAAAAUAAAAAAUUGUUUUUGUUUCUAGAGGAUUUAUUUUCAACCAUGUUAGAACCAUGUUAAAUCCCAAGGCGCUCAUAGUAGAUGGAAGUGUCUAAUUUUUAACCUGUGCUAAAGAUAUUUUGAAUUUAAUAAAUAAUUAUUGUA